AUGGAUGCAGGAGCUGGCAUUGAAAACCUCAGGCACAGGGGUCCGACCGGGCACUGCCUGGAGGUUGCCUCCCUCGUUGGGGAAAGGGCCAGGAACCGCACUGCGAACCUGCUGCUGGACCGCGAGCCGCACGUCCUGAAGCUGGGCGAGAGCUUCGCCAAGAGGCUCAAGUCCUCCUUCCACACCAUCCGCUAUCAUGUGAAACCACGAGCCAUAGGCAUUUCACGUAAUGGAGAACUCCAGCUUGGAAAAGGAGAUGAAGUCACAAUUACACUACCACGCGUUGCUGGAUCGACGCCUCCGAUGACUGUGUUCAAAGGCAACAAAAGACCAUAUGGGACAGACUGUGUUCUCAUCAUCAAUCACGACACUGGGGAAUACGUGCUGAAAAAAUUCUGUAGCCGCAUCCAGGUCAAGAAGAUGAGAACCGAGGGAAGCAGCGAAAUCGAGGCGCGGAGGCAACGACAGCCCCCUGCUGGGGCACCAUUUCGAGCCCCAGUGAAAGCACCAGUUGGACCCAAAGCCUCUCCUGUGCAAGACGACCUUUCGGCUGAACUGCAAUUGGAUGACUUUAAGAAACUGCUGAGAGCAGAGAUGGAAAUCCUGGAAGAGAGGAGCAGCGGCAGCGGGAGCAGCUCGUCCGACUCCAACAGCUCCCGGGACAGCGAAGGGGACGAGCCGGCCGCCCGGGCCGCCCCCUCCCAGCCUCCUCACCAGCACCUCAGUCCCAGAAACCCUGUAGCCAAGGGCCCCGGCCAGCCUCGGGGAAACCAGGAGCUGAUGGACAUCCUGCGAAAUGACUUACAAUUGAGUGACUCUGGCAGUGACAGCGAUGACGAGCGGACGAGCUUCCUGCCUCCGUCUCUUUGCUAG